AUGCAGCUGCCGCCCGCGCUGCACGCCCGCCUGGCGGCCGGGCCCGGGGCGGCUGAGCCGCUGCCCGUAGAGCGAAACCCCGCAGCCGGGGCCGCGCCCUUCCGCUUUGCGGCGCGCCUGGUGCACUUCCCGCGGGAGCACGAGUUCUUCGAGGACGGGGACGUGCAGCGGCACCUGUACCUGCAGGACCUGUUUACGCGGGUGGCCGUGGAGCCCGAGAAGCCCAGGGUGCCCGAGUUCACCUGUCAGGUGGCAGGCUGCUGCCAGGUAUUCGACACCUUGGAGGACUAUGAGCACCACUACCACACUCUACACAGAAACAUGUGCUCGUUUUGCAAGCGGGCCUUCCCCUCGGGACACCUGCUGGACAUCCACAUCCUGGAGUGGCACGAUUCCUUGUUCCAGAUCCUGUCUGAGAGGCAGGACAUGUAUCAGUGCUUGGUGGAAGGCUGCACAGAGAAGUUCAAGACCAGCAAAGACAGGAAGGAUCACUUGGUGAGAUGUCACCUGUACCCUGCGGACUUCCGGUUUGAUAAACCAAAGAAAAGCAGAGGCCCAGCCACUCCUAUAGCCACCCUGCAAGUGCCGGCAGAUGCCCUGGGGGAUGACAGGGAGCAGUCCGAAGGAGACGCCAUGGAAGUCUGCUCUGAACACGUGGCGCCCCGCACAGAGCCCAUGGCUGAGAGGCCGACCUACAGCCACAGAAUACCUUCCACCAUCUGUUUUGGCCAAGGUGUAUCUCGAGGAUUUAAAAGCACCAAGAAAAGAAGUAAGCACCAGUAACGACUGAGCCAGAGAGACACUCGGGCCUGUGAGCAGCCCCCAAGGUGGCAUAGGUGCCUUCUGAGGACAUGGUGUCACUGUUGAGCUUUGUCUCACCUUCUCGUUUGGACACCCCAGGACCCGGCCUUUGCCACCCUCCAUGUCUCGGACCACGGAUUUAGGGAGUGUUCCUGACACGUGCUCCAGCCCACCUCCCUCUGUAGGGGCCAUCCUACUAAUGUCCUUUAUAAAGCAAAUAGUUUUCAUUAAUGGUCUCUAGU